AUGCCAAGCUUCCCUCGGCAUUUCCCAAACACAGCAGUCCGCUUCCCCGGCCAAGGCACCCCGACAUCCUCUACGACCUCCUUGAACGAUGCGCGAGGCAAGUCGCCGGAUAAUGCUUCCCCGGCAGGUACUCCGUCCGCAGGCGCCACGCCGGCCCAGCACUAUAUACCUCAAGGAGCCGGCAUCGCUGGCCAGCCUAUCAGUAAUGGCCCGGGUACUCCAACAAGGCAGGGUCAGCCAGUUGCGCCUAGUGUGAUCAUCAGCCCUAGUGGGCCGGCUCCCCCGGGCGCUGCCGAAACUAUGCCCGGCGACCUGGCGCCGCCGAGAAAAUCGCACGUCUUCGAUCGCCUUCAGACGACCCCGAAAGAUAUGUCGGAAGGAAUUCGGACCCCCAAGCGCCAACACUCCUCACGAUUCGAUAUCUCUGACCAGCGUCAGCGAGAGCUGGAGAAGCUACCGGGUUUCCACGAGGUGGCCCCCAACCGGCGCCAGGACCUCUUCAUGCAGAAGAUUGAUCAGUGCAACAUAAUUUUCGAUUUCAAUGACCCUACUGCCGACAUGAAGUCCAAAGAGAUCAAGAGACUGGCUCUCCAUGAGCUCUUGGAUUAUGUCGCCAACAACCGGUCUGUCAUUACGGAGCCUAUGUAUCCUCGCGUCGUGGAGAUGUUCGCCAAGAACUUGUUUCGCCCGAUUCCUCCACCUAUGACUCCUCAAGGCGAGGCGUUUGACCCGGAGGAAGACGAGCCAGUCCUCGAAGUCGCCUGGCCGCAUAUCCAGGUUGUCUACGAGUUCUUCUUGCGGUUCAUUGAGAGCCAGGACUUCAACACAAACAUUGCCAAGGCAUACAUCGACCAUCAAUUUGUGCUUCAGUUGCUGGAUCUUUUUGACUCUGAAGACCCCCGCGAGCGGGAUUUCCUGAAGACUACUCUGCACCGGAUUUACGGCAAGUUCUUGAAUUUGCGGUCAUACAUUCGGCGAUCUAUCAACAAUGUCUUCUUCCAGUUCAUGUAUGAGACGGAGAGACACAACGGUAUCGCCGAGCUGCUUGAAAUCCUGGGUUCCAUUAUCAACGGAUUUGCACUGCCUCUCAAGGAAGAGCACAAGCUGUUCUUGACUCGGGUCUUGUUGCCCAUGCACAAGGUCAAGAGCCUGAGCAUGUAUCACCCUCAACUGGCCUACUGUAUUGUUCAGUUCUUGGAGAAGGACUCAAGCCUGACUGAAGACGUCGUUCUUGGUUUGCUGCGUUACUGGCCGAAGACCAACAGCACCAAGGAGGUCAUGUACCUCAACGAAGUCGAGGAUAUCUUCGAGGUUAUGGACCCCGGAGAAUUUGCCAAAGUUCAGGAACCCCUUUUCCACCAGCUGGCCAAGUCUGUUGCCAGCCCACAUUUCCAGGUUGCCGAGCGCGCUCUAUACUUCUGGAACAACGAAUACUUCUGCAACCUCGUCAGCGAUAAUGUGGAAACCAUCCUCCCGAUCAUGUUCGCUCCUCUUUACGAGAACUCCAAGGGCCAUUGGAACCGAACUAUUCACAGCAUGGUGUACAAUGCCAUGAAGAUGUUCAUGGAGAUUAACCCCCAGCUCUUCGAUGAGUGCUCCCAUGAAUACACCGAACACCAGAACAGCGCCGAUCAACGGGAAAAGACUCGCCAAGAUCGGUGGGACAUGAUCGAACAACAAGCGACCAUGAGGAAGAAUGGUGCUCCUCCCCCACCCGCGCCCGCCCUCAAUGUCCCCGAGCCCAUCGACGAGGUCGAGGCCAUGACCAACGAAAGCCAAAAGCGGUUGAACACCCUCAAGAUCGAUGAAGAACCCGAGGCGCCCAAGGAACGGCCUGCUCGCGAAGGAACCCCAAAUUCGCCUGCGUGA